UGGCCUCUGGCGCUGGCUGUCAAACACUGGCUUGCCAGACGCUAGUUCCUGGCGGAGCGGGACCGCAGCUACCGCCCAGGGCUUUCUGGACAGCGCUCCUUCAGAUCAGUUACUUUUUCCCCACUCCCUUCCCCUUCGAAGUAGCCGGUCGAAUGCUCUUUUUCCAGCUCUGACUGACUUGUGAGCUUCAGCCGGGCGGGGACGCCUGCCAGAUACCUGGUCCGUGAGCACCGCCCAAACUGGUCAGGCUAGUCCGCCCCGUGGCUGUUUCUGCUAGGACUUGCCCGUGUGUGUAUUAAAGACCCACCCUCGCUCCUGCAGCCCAGGUAGGUGGGAGGCAGCUGUGGGCCUUAGCCUGGCAGCCAGGCCAGCUGGGCGGAGCUCAAUUAAUCUAACCUGGAAUUUCAACUUGGCGUGCACAACAGACAGUGCCUCCCUGCUCCACCGGCCUGACUUGGGGACAUAGCAAGAGAAACUUACUUGCUGCGCCCUGCCCCGCUGCACGCCCACUUGCAUACCUCAUGCCCGGCUCUAGGGUGGGCAAGGGUGAAGCACCCCCCCAGUCAAGAUGAUCCCUUCCUUGGGAGCUGGUGCUGGUGUCCUACCCCCGAUCUUGGGCCCCGGCAGGUGGGAGAGCUGCUCCCUGCGGAGCCCUAGCAGGAGGCUGCAGAGGAGGUGAACAGGAGAGCUGUGCAACGCCCCCUCCCCACGACUCUCAGGCCCCACCCUGGAGGGGUGCUCCCGGCCUUCACCCUUAUAGGUGCUAGACUGUUGUAGGAUAAGGAGGACCUGUUGGUGGCCCUUGGCAAACCGCCGUAGAGCCGUCCGGUGCUUGGGUCCCAGCCCUAUCUAUGCCCUCACCUCUGGCUGCGUCAUGAGUCAAUUUCAGGUGCCCCUGGCCGUCCAGCCGGACCUGCCAGGCCUCUAUGACUUUCCUCAGGGCCAGGUGACAGUAGGGGGCUUCCAGGGGCCUGGGCUGCCUGUGCCUGGGAGCGAAGCCCAGCUCCGAGGGGUUGGCGAUGGGCGAAAGAAGCGGAAGCGGUGUGGGACAUGUGAGCCCUGUCGGCGACUGGAGAACUGUGGGGCGUGCACCAGCUGCACCAACCGCCGCACACACCAGAUCUGCAAACUGCGCAAGUGUGAGAUGCUCAAGAAGAAAGCGGGGCUCCUCAAGGAGGUGGAAAUAAAGGCUGAUGAAGGAGCGGGGCCGUGGGCACAAGGGGCGGCUGUCAAGACAGGCUCAGAGCUCAGCCCAGUGGAUGGACCUGCUGCAGGUCCGAUGGACUCAGGGCCAGUGUACCAUGAGGACUCAAGGCAGCUAAGCACCUCAGGGGCUCCGGUCAAUGGUGCUAGAGAGCCCGCUGGACCCAGUCUGCUGGGGACUGGGGGCCCUUGGCGGGUAGACCAGAAGCCCGACUGGGAAGCUGCCGCAGGCCCAGCCCACGCUGCCCGCCUGGAAGAUGCCCACGACCUGGUGGCCUUUUCGGCUGUGGCCGAAGCUGUGUCCUCUUAUGGGGCCCUUAGCACCCGGCUCUACGAAACCUUCAACCGUGAGAUGAGUCGCGAGCCUGGGAACGGUGGCAGGGGGUCCCGGCCAGGGCCCGAGGGCUGCUCUGUGGGCAGCGAAGACCUGGAUACACUGCAGACGGCCCUGGCCCUGGCCCGGCAUGGCAUGAAGCCGCCUAACUGCAACUGCGAUGGCCCGGAGUGCCCUGACUACCUCGAGUGGCUGGAGGGGAAGAUCAAAUCUGUGGUCAUGGAAGGCGGUGAGGAGCGGCCCCGGCUCCCCGGGACUCUUCCUCCUGUCCCUGGUGAGGCCGGCCUCCCAGCUGUGAGUGCCAGGCCACUGCUCAGCUCCGAAGCUCCCCAGCAGCCCCCCUCAGAGGGCCUGCCCCUGUCCCAGAGCGCCCUGAGCAUUGCCAAGGAGAAGAACAUCAGCUUGCAGACCGCCAUCGCCAUCGAGGCCCUCACCCAGCUCUCCUCUGCCCUCCCCCAGCCUUCCCAUCCUUCCUCCCAGGCUGCCUGCCACCUCCCCGAGGCCUUGUCCCCUUCCACUCCUUUCCGGUCCCCCCAGUCCUACCUCCGGGCCGCUUCCUCGUGGCCCGCGGUUGCUCCCGAGGAACAUCCAUCUUUUACUCCCGAGAGCCCUGCCUUCCCUCCCGCGACUCCCAGAACUGAAUUUCCUGACGCCUGGGCCACCGACACCCCACCAGCAACUCCCCGGAGCUCCUGGCCCCUGCCCCGCCCCAGCCCUGACCCCAUGGCCGAACUGGAGCAGCUGUUGGGCAGUGCCAGUGAUUACAUCCAGUCAGUGUUCAAGCGGCCGGAGCCCCUGCCCGCUAAGCCCAAGAUCAAGGCCGAGGUGCCCUCUCCCUCCCCGGCCCCAACCUCCUCCUCCUCCCCUGUCCUGCAGAGAGAGACCCCCGUGCCAGCCCCAGAGCCUGACGCCCAUCAGAAGGCCCAGACUGCCUUGCAGCAGCACCUGCACCACAAGCGCAGUCUCUUCCUGGAGCAGGCCCAUGAGGCCUCCUUCCCCACCCCCUCAGACCCACCUGCUUCCAGCUGGUGGGCACCAGCCAGCUCGCCUGCGCCCCGGCCUCCAGACAGGCCCCCCAAGGAGAAGAAGAAGAAGCCCCUUGCUCCUGCUGUAGGUCCCGUGGGGAUGGAGAAAGCAGCACCGGGGAUCAAGCCCAGUGUGCGCAAACCUGUUCAGAUCAAGAAGUCCAGACCCCGGGAGGCGCAGCCCCUCUUCCCGCCGCUCAGGCAGAUCGUCCUGGAAGGGCCCAGGGCCCCCGCUGCCACCGAGGAAGUGCAGGCACCUGUGCCUGGCACAACCUCUGCAGCGCAGGGCUCUGCUGUCCCCUUACCCCCAGAACCUUCUCUUGCGCUAUUUGCACCUAGUCCCUCCGGGGACAGCCUGCUGCCCCCUACUCAGGAAAUGAGGUCCCCCAGCCCCAUGGCCACCCUGCAGCCAGGCUCUACUGGUCCCCUUCCCCCUGCCGAUGACAAGCUGGAGGAGCUCAUCCGGCAGUUCGAGGCUGAAUUUGGGGAUAGCUUUGGGCUUCCUGGCCCCACUUCUGUGCCCAUUCAGGACCCCGAGGCCCAGCCCCCUUGUCUCCCUGCUCCUGGGAGCCCCUUCGCCACCCGCUCCCCCAAGCAAAUCAAGAUUGAGUCUUCGGGGGCUGUGACUGUGCUCUCGACCACCUGCUUCCACUCGGAGGAGGGAGGCCAGGAGGCCACACCCACCAAGGCAGAGAAUCCACUCACCCCCACCCUCAGUGGUUUCUUGGAGUCACCCCUCAAGUACCUGGACACGCCAACCAAGAGUCUGCUGGAUACGCCUGCGAAGAGAGCCCAGGCUGAGUUCCCCACCUGUGAUUGUGUUGAACAAAUAGUGGAGAAAGAUGAAGGUCCAUAUUACACUCACCUGGGAUCCGGCCCCACGGUCGCCUCUAUCCGGGAGCUCAUGGAGGAACGGUAUGGGAAGAAAGGGAAAGCCAUCAGGAUUGAGAAGGUCAUCUACACCGGGAAGGAGGGCAAGAGCUCCCGCGGCUGCCCCAUUGCCAAGUGGGUGAUCCGCAGACACACGCUGGAGGAGAAGCUGCUGUGCCUGGUCCGGCACCGCGCCGGCCACCACUGCCAGAAUGCCGUGAUCGUCAUCCUCAUCUUGGCCUGGGAGGGCAUCCCUCGCAGCCUCGGAGACACCCUCUACCAGGAGCUCACUGACACCCUGCGGAAGUAUGGGAACCCCACCAGCCGGAGAUGUGGCCUCAAUGAUGACCGGACCUGCGCUUGCCAAGGCAAAGACCCCAACACCUGCGGUGCCUCCUUCUCCUUUGGUUGUUCCUGGAGCAUGUACUUCAAUGGCUGCAAAUAUGCUCGGAGCAAGACACCUCGGAAGUUCCGCCUCGCAGGGGACAACCCCAAGGAGGAAGAAGUGCUCCGGAAGAGUUUCCAAGAUCUGGCCACUGAGGUCGCCCCUCUCUACAAGCAGCUGGCCCCCCAGGCCUAUCAGAACCAGGUAACCAAUGAGGAAGUAGCGAUCGACUGCCGCCUGGGGCUGAAGGAAGGGCGACCCUUCUCGGGGGUCACGGCCUGCAUGGACUUCUGUGCCCACGCCCACAAGGACCAGCAUAACCUCUACAAUGGAUGCACUGUGGUCUGCACCCUGACCAAGGAAGACAAUCGCUGCGUGGGCCAGAUCCCCGAGGACGAGCAGCUACAUGUGCUCCCGCUCUACAAGAUGGCCAGCACAGAUGAGUUUGGCAGCGAGGAGAACCAGAACGCCAAGGUGGGCAGCGGUGCCAUCCAGGUGCUCACCGCCUUCCCCCGUGAGGUCCGCCGCCUGCCCGAGCCCGCCAAGUCCUGCCGCCAGCGGCAGCUUGAGGCCAGGAAGGCGGCAGCCGAGAAGAAGAAGAUGAUGCAGAAGGAGAAGCUGAGCACUCCGGAGAAGAUCAAGCAGGAAGCUCUGGAGCUGGCUGGCGUCACGCCUGACACAGGCCUGUCUCUGAAGGGGGCGUUGCCGCAGCCAGGCCUAAAGCCCUCCCUCAAGGUGGAGCCGCAGAACCACUUCAGCUCCUUCAAGUACAGCAGCAAUGCGGUGGUGGAGAGCUACUCGGUGCUGGGCAACUGCCGGCCCUCCGACCCGUACAGCAUGAACAGCGUCUACUCUUACCACUCCUACUACGCACAGCCCAGCCUGACCUCCGUGAACGGCUUCCACGCCAAGUACGCGCUGCCCUCAUUCGGCUACUACGGCUUUCCACCCAGCAACCCCGUCUUCCCUUCCCAGUUCCUGGGCCCCGGGGCCUGGGGCCACGGCAGCAGCGGCAGUGGCAGUUUUGAGAAGAAGCCAGACCUGCAUGCUCUACACAGCGGCCUGAGCCCGGCCUAUGGUGGUGCUGACUUUGCUGAGCUGCCGGGCCAGGCUGUUCCCACCGAUGCCCACCUCCCCACGCCUCCCCACCAGCAGCCUGCUUACCCAGGCCCCAAGGAGUAUCUGCUUCCCAGAGCACCCCAGCUCCACACGGCUUCCAGGGAUCCCAUGCCCUUCUCCCAGAGCUCCAACUGCUACACCAGAUCCAUCAAGCAAGAGCCCGUAGACCCACUGGUGCAGACCGAAGCUGCCCCCCGAGAGCUGGGCAAGCUGGGCAAGCCACCUCUGCCCGAGGCAUCUCAGAACGGGGGGCCCAACCACCUGUGGGGCCAGUUCUGUGGAGGUGCCAGCAUGUCCCCCAAGAGGACCAAUGGUGUGAGCGGUAGCUGGGGUGUGUACCCUCCUGGAGAGAGCCCUGCUGCCGCUACAGACAAGCUUGGCUCCUUCGGGGCCGGCUGCCUGACCCCUUCACACUUCCCAGAGGGCCAGUGGGGGCUGUUCCCUGGUGAGGGGCAGCAGUCAGCACCCCACACGGGGGGGCGCCUGCGAGGCAAACCCUGGAGCCCCUGCAAGUUUGGAAGUGGCACUGCCGCCACUGCCUCUGGCUUGCCUGGGCCCGGCCUGACAGAGAAGUCGUGGGGUGUGGAUGCAGCAGAUCUCAGUGCUGCCCUCAAGGGCUCACCUGGGCUGCAAGACAAGCUGUGGAACCCCCUGAAAGGGGAGGAAGGAAGGAUUCCGACGCCUGGUGCGGGCCAGCUGGACAAGGCUUGGCCGGGCCUUGGUGGGCCCCUGGGUCCGGGGCCCGACAAGCUGUGGGAGCCCUUUGGCCUGGAGGAGGGCCCCGCAGCAGCAGCAGCGGCAGUGGGGGCGCCUGGAGCAGUCAAUGAGGAGCCCGCCUCCAAGGGGGCUGUGAAAGAGGAGAAGGCUGGAGAGGAGGAGGAGGAGGAGCUGUGGUCAGACAGCGAGCACAACUUCCUGGACGAGAACAUCGGCGGCGUGGCCGUGGCGCCGGCCCACGGCUCCAUCCUCAUAGAGUGCGCCCGGCGGGAGCUGCAUGCCACCACACCACUCAAGAAGCCCAACCGCUGCCACCCCACCCGCAUCUCGCUGGUCUUCUACCAGCACAAGAACCUCAACCAGCCCAACCACGGGCUGGCGCUCUGGGAGGCCAAGGUCAAGCAGCUGGCCGAGCGGGCGCGCGCACGCCAAGAGGAGGCGGCGCGCCUGGGCCUGGGCCAGCAGGAGGCCAAGCUGUACGGCAAGAAGCGCAAGUGGGGCGGCACCGUGGUGGCCGAGCCGCAGCAGAAGGAGAAGAAGGGGAGCAUCCCCACGCGGCAGGCGCUGGCCAUGCCCACAGACUCGGCCGUCACCGUGUCCUCCUACGCCUACACGAAGGUCACUGGCCCCUACAGCCGAUGGAUCUAGGUGCCAGGGAGCCAGCGUACCUCAGCGUCGGGCCCAGCCCGAGCUGCCUCUGGUGCUUUCGCCCUCAUGCCUGGGGGCGGGUUGGGGGUGCAGAAGUCUUUUUAUCUCUAUACAUAUAUAGAUAAUGCAUAUCAUAUAUAUGUAUUUAUGGUCCAGACCUCAGAGCUGACCCGCCCCGCCCCCUACUUCCCCAGCACUUUGAAGAAACUACGGCUGUCGGGUGAUUCCCCCCCCAUGAUCUUAAUAUUUAUAUCUCCACUUUUUUUCCCUCCUCCUCCUCUCUUCUUUGGAGGGGCUUUUAUUUCCUUUGUUUUUAAAACUCUAUCCUUGUAUAUCACAAUAAUGGAAAGAAAAUUUAUAGUGUCCUUUCACAAAGGAGUAGUUUUAAAUUCCAUUUAAAAUGUGUAUUUAUUGGAUUUUUUAAGCGACAAUAGUAAUGGUAAAGGAUGGGCAGGAAAGGCCAGCGGUCGCUCGCUCCUGCUCAGGCCAGCUGGGCCCAGGAGCAGGGUCAGCCCCCCGGGCUGUCCCUCGCUGCCACCAGCCCCUGAGCUCUGCUGCAGGAGGGGAGAGUCUGUAUGUAGCCAAACAACCCCAGCUGGCUGCUGGGGGCCCCACCCUGGACACGCUGGCCUAGAUCUCCCCCAGAAAUCAGGUUGGAAGUAGACAGCUUCAGGCUUGGUAGUCUCCACACUGAAUCCACUGUCCGUUAUUUAUCAAGUCACACAUUGUCACGGCUCACUAGGCAGCACCUGGGAGCUGAAGGGGCCCCCAGGAGCCAGUGAAUUUGGCGCUGAAGGAAUUUGAGUGGCAGUUUUUGCAAACGCUCCCCACCCCCAAAGUCUAUGCUGGGAUGGAGCAAAGGGCUACUGUAUCUUUGAAAAGUCAGAAGCUGAAUCCAAGCUGUGAAAAGCCCAGCAUGGCCCUGCCUCUGUGCGCAGGGCUGUGCGGAACCUGGUGCUGUAGCAGAGCCUGGUGCUGUCUCCUCCAGGUUGGGACUCCAGCUCCGCGGGCAGGGUGCAGCCUGUGGGAGCUUGGCGGGGUAACAGCGGUGAGCACGUCCACCCCUCCUCCUCAUGUCCACGUUGGACCCUGGUGCAUGCCUCCCCGAGCCUGCCCCCUCCGUGCUCCUUCGGGGUGGGGUUGGGGAGCGACCCUUACCAGU